CAGGGUCACACGAGGCUUCCUCUUUUUUUUUUAUUCAGUCUAUGAUUUAAACGCAGUAAGAAGAGAGGAGGUGUGUGGACACUUACUCGACCAGUGACCACCUGAAAAAUUUGUAAUUGAUCCGCGGACAUGGAGAGACAGAUGUGUUUUUUGAUCCUGACUCUGCUGCUGCCUGCGGUGCGGAACUCUGCUCUAACCCAGACUACUCUACCAUACGCGGAGAUUGGCGCUACCCUCGUCUUGUGGCCGACAUCGUGUGGAAACGUGACGGUAACCUGGUGGCUGAGUGGUUGAGUAAUGAGUUUGAGUUUUAAUGGCCGCACAACCCUGAACACAACCACCAGAGAGUUGGUUAUAAGAACAUGACUGUAGCUGACGCUACAACUGGUGAAACAGUGACUUCUUUUACAUUACUGUUGUCUUGAUGAGGCUCACUGCAAACACUGAGGGAGGACCACGUCUCAAUAUGGAAACCAAACGCACCACAGAGAGGGGGGAGAGCAUUUGAGGAAAUGUUAAAAUAGGAUCAUGUGGUGACCUAUGAAGAAUGAGGAUUUCUUGAUUUGCUGAUCUGCGGACAUGGAGAGACAGAUGUGUUUUUUGAUCCUGUCUGUGCUGCUGCUCACGGUGCUGAAUUCUGCUCUAGCCCAGACCAAACCAUCAGGCGUGGAGCUUGGCGCUGCUCUCACUUUGCGGCCUACUUUCUCAGGUUCAAUCACCGGAAUUGUGUGGAAACUUAACGGUGACCUGGUGGCUGAGUGGUUGAAUAAUGAGUUUGAGUACUAUGCCACAUUUAGAGACCGCACAACCCUGGACCCAACCACUGGAGAGUUGGUUGUUAAGAACGUGGCUGUAGCUGACGCAGGGUUGUAUACAGUGGAGAUCAACAGCAACGUCCAGAGUCAGAAGUAUCAGGUUGAAGUAAUGAAGAAGGUGUCCAAGCCUACAGUGGUGAUCAGACCACUGACAUGUAACAAGGACGCGGAGAGCUGCAGUCUGGCCUGUGUUGGAGAAACCAAAGACGCUGGAACCGUCACCUACAGCUGGAGGGAGGAUGAUGGAGAGUGGAAGGAGGGGAAAGAGAGCAGGGACAUCAUGAAUGAUCCGGUGAUAAGAAAAAUCAGAACAUUUUCCUGCCGGUUGAAGAAUGCAAUCAGUGUGAAUGAAAGUGAACCCCAUGAGAAUCCAUUCUUCCAAGAAAAACAUCUGAUUUGGCCUGAAGACUCCAGACUCUGGGUUAAAGUUUUAGCAGCUGUCAUGAGAUCCUUGGCAAUUGUGGCGCUCUUGGGGACUGUUGUCUACUUCUUGGGGCAAAAACGAGGAAAAAUCAGGAAAGUGAUCUGUCCAUGUCGAUGUGGAAAAGGUGAUGAUAAUGCAGCUUUAAGUGGAUGAUCAUUAAAGCAUAUCAAACUCCUCUCAUGACAAGUGAAUGUAGUGUGCUUGGUGGUUAAAUAUAACAUAAAGUAUUAAAGAAAAGUUUAUUUUUA